AUGCAUCUUUUACUCCCCGCCGUGGCGCUACUUGAAGUAGCUUCGUCGGUCUUUGCAGCUCCGGCAAAGGGCCCACGGGCAAUCCAACGCGAACUCCCCGAUGGCCUGCCAAAACCAAGUCCAAGCGAGCUGUCGCUGAUUGAACAAGCCGCUCGGGGAACACUCCCAAAUGCUCCACCCCCAGCUGUCAUCAGUAACAAAGGCAUCACCAACCUCAAAUUGAUCGCUUUCAACGAACUCUUCGAAGUAGCUUUCUUCCACGAACUCCUCACAAACGUCACUGAAAAUGUUGAUGGCUACCGCUUCACUGACCAGGCAGACCGUGAUUUUGUAAUCGGGGCGUUGAAAGCCAUUCUGGCGCAAGAGGAGCUUCAUGCGCUCAGUGCGAACAAUGCCCUCGUCCAUUUUGGUCAGAAGCCUAUCGAGCCGUGCCAAUACGUGGUCCCUGUUGAAGACUUUGACUCUGCCAUUGCGCUCGCAUCCACCUUCACAGAUGUGGUCCUCGGUACACUGCAAGAUGCCGUCGAACGUUUUGCCUUAGGUCAAGAUGCAGAUCUUGCUCGUGAAAUCGCUUCAGUCAUUGGCAAUGAGGGUGAACAGCAAGGCUGGUUCCGCGUCAUGCAGGCCCGUAUUCCCAGUGCACUUCCUUUCCUCACGACCUCGGAUCUCAACUUCGCGUUCACGGCUGUGCGGGGCUUUACCGUGCCCGGUAGCUGUCCCAAUCUCGAUGAGAUCCCACUGCGUACAUUUGAGGACUUGCAGAUCCUCACGAAGCCAACAGCCGAGUCGCAAAAUAUCACCUUGGUUUUUGAGGACGAAGACAACGAAGCCGAACACCUUUUGUGGGUGACUUAUGUCAACCAGUUGAACCUACCAAUCGUUGAACCUUUGCAUGUUACCUCAAAGGAGGGCAAUCUGGUUGAGGCGACUGCGCUGUUCCCGUAUAACGAACACGAAUUGAAUGGAUUGACUAUUGCUGCUGUGACCAAGAGUGAUGGCCCAUUCGAUAAUGUGAACUCGGUUGCUAAGUGGACGCUUGCGGGACCGGGUCUUAUCAUUGUUAAUUGA